AUGUCAUCAUAUACUUAUAGUGUUUUUUUUCUGAUAUGCUCAACAUGCUCAGUAAUAUCUACGGGGAUACUAUUAUUUCAUUAUACCUAUUACAAAUAAGUAAGAACCUUUGCAUUUAGACUAGUGUUCACUGUGUUUUUAUAUGAUUUCCUUCUUAGUUUAGACUAUUUCAUACCUUUAGCUUAUUAUUUUUUAAACCCUAAUGAAACAAUAAGUGAUUCGUUUUGCAGAAUUUAGGCAUUUUUAAAGCUUCUUGCUACUAAUGGCACAUUCUGUGCAACUUUAUCAGUGUCUUGGACUCUCUAUACUUUUUUCAUAAGAAAAAAACCAAUAAAAACUCAUAAUCCAGUGACAUAUUAUGGGAAGUUUACUUUAUUAACUCCUUUAUUUUUGGCUAUAAUCCCUUUCUUUUUUGAUAAUUACAAUCACACUCAACCUUUAGAGGAAGUUAUGUGCUUUUUAAUAGUUAAAAGCUAUCCUGAUGGGAGUAAUGAUGUUGUAGGAGUAUUGCUAAAAAUAUUUCUUUCAUUUAUUCCCUUCUUCCUGACUGUUUUCUUAGAAAUAUACUUCAUCAGUAGAAUAUUUUACAACUUUUACAAAAACAAAGGAGAAACUCAUUCUGCAGAAAUAAAAAAGUUGAUUUUGUAUCCACUAUUUCUGGUCGUCUCUUGGAUAUGGAUUAUGUUUGAAAGAUUUUAUGAGCUUGUUACAGGAGGAGAUAAAAUAGAUUGGUUAAACAACUUUGAUUUACAAAUAACUGUCUUCAAUGGAUUUGUUAACUCUAUUAUUUAUGGGUAUCUCUCAAUAAAUCCUUUCUAAAGAUGCUGCAAUAAAAAUAACAGUGAAGAUAACAACAAAUUCAAAGAGAUUUCUCCAUAAUCUGACUAUGACGAAGAUGAGUGGAGCCAGUUGUAAUCAAGUAUGAUAAGAUAUAACAAUAAUCGCAUGAAAGAUGAAUCCUCAAGUUCGAUGGAAGAUUAAGAAGGAGAUGAUAUAAAAACCUCACUCAUAAAAUAUUGA